AAUUUUCAUCAGAUUGUCUUCAACUCAGGCCCUUCCUUCAGUUAAUUAUCUUUUUUGGCCCACAAUUUUGUGCACACAUUCCUUCUGAGAAAGGAAUUAGGAGAUCACCCUGAGCCUCUCACUGCUUGUGUGUGCACUGUAAUCACUUCCUGGAGGCCUCGUGAUGGCUGCGAGGGUGGAGCAGAACUUUAUAGCCUCUUCGACAAGUGCCGUCCUGGCCCACUGCUCAGUCAGACCCAUCUACAAGCAGGACGGACAGGUUGUGUUUCCUUCCAGGAACCUGUAAGGUCCACGAUUUGGUUGAAAGAUGUCGGCCCUCACUACCCUGUUUAAGUAUGUUGAUGAAAAUCAGGAUCGCUACAUUAAGAAACUCGCGGAAUGGGUGGCCAUCCAGAGUGUAUCUGCGUGGCCCGAGAAGAGAGGUGAAAUCAGGCGGAUGCUGGAGGUCGCUGCGGCGGACAUCAAGCAGCUGGGGGGCUCUGUGGAACUGGCAGAUAUUGGGAAACAGAAGCUCCCUGAUGGGUCCGAGAUACCACUUCCUCCCAUUUUACUCGGCAAGCUGGGCUCCGACCCCCGGAAGAAAACCGUGUGUAUUUACGGACAUCUGGACGUGCAGCCGGCAGCCCUCGAGGACGGCUGGGAUAGCGAACCCUUCACCCUGGUGGAACGCGACGGCAAAUUGUAUGGGAGAGGCGCAACCGAUGAUAAGGGGCCGGUGGCCGGCUGGCUGAAUGCCCUGGAAGCCUUCCAGAAAACGAAUCAGGAGAUCCCGGUUAACGUCCGGUUCUGUCUAGAGGGCAUGGAGGAGUCGGGCUCGGAAGGCCUGGAUGAGCUGAUAUUUUCGCGGAAGGACACAUUCUUUAAAGACGUGGACUACGUGUGCAUUUCUGACAACUACUGGCUGGGAAAGAAGAAGCCGUGCAUCACAUACGGUCUCAGGGGCAUUUGCUACUUUUUCAUUGAGGUGGAGUGCAGCGACAGAGACCUGCAUUCUGGCGUGUACGGAGGCUCGGUGCACGAGGCCAUGACAGAUCUCAUCUUGCUGAUGGGCUCUCUGAUGGACAAGAAGGGAAAGAUCCUCAUCCCAGGCAUCAGUGAGGCGGUGGCCCCCGUGACCGAGGAGGAGCUGGCACUCUACGACAAGAUAGACUUUGACCUGGACGAGUACACCAGGGACGUGGGGGCAGAGACUCUGCUGCACGGGUGCAAGAAAGACAUCCUGAUGCACAGAUGGCGGUACCCGUCCCUCUCCCUCCACGGGAUUGAAGGCGCCUUUUCUGGGUCGGGGGCCAAGACUGUGAUCCCUAGGAAAGUGGUGGGCAAGUUCUCCAUCAGGCUCGUGCCGAACAUGACUCCUGAAGUUGUGAGCGAGCAGGUUACGAGCUACCUGACGAAGAAAUUUGCUGAACUGCACAGCCCCAACAAGUUCAAGGUGUACAUGGGCCACGGUGGGAAACCCUGGGUGUCGGACUUCAAUCACCCUCAUUACAUGGCUGGGAGAAGAGCCCUGAAAACAGUGUUUGGUGUCGAGCCGGACUUGACCAGGGAAGGUGGCAGUAUUCCCGUGACUUUGACCUUUCAGGAAGCCACAGGGAAGAAUGUUAUGCUGCUGCCUGUGGGCUCAGCCGAUGAUGGCGCCCACUCCCAGAACGAGAAACUCAACAGGCUUAACUACAUAGAAGGAACCAAGAUGCUGGCUGCGUACCUGUAUGAGGUGUCUCAGCUGGAGAAGUGAGACGGCCCGUCUUCCCCGGAGCACUGCCGGAGGAGUCCUGCUGUCUGCCCCCGCCCCGUGCUCUCUUCUGAUCGCUGAGGAGAGCAAAGCCCAUCUCUCUCCUUUCCCUCUUGUCAGUAACAGACUGGAUGACAGCUGAGUUCUCAGAGGAGGUCAGCGUGAGGGUCUCUGGAAAAUAGCCAAGAUCUGAAAGCACCCGUUCUGCGGGAGGUUCUGGUUGGCAUCCAGUCGGGCUGAACAGAGGUCUGGGUGCUUUCUGUCCCAUCUCUGCUUCCUGACUCAGGCUCGUACGCACUCAGGAUAUUAAUCGGGGGGCCACCCUUUCUGAUCCCUCACUGUUGUGCGGUUCCGUCCUUUCUCGAGACCUUAAACCGUGACUAGUGUUUCCUGUCUUCUCUUCAUUAUGAUUCCUCAAAACCUAAGCCUAAGUGGAAUGAUUUGUUGUUCUCAGUAUGUGCUGCUAAAUAAAAAGUAAAAACGAAGCAUC